AAAGUUUUUUACAAAAUGAAAAGUUUCUCUGAACUUUCAGCCAAUCGCAUCGAGGGGUGGCGCGGAGAGAUAGGACGCGGCGUGACGUCACUGCUGUUCCGGGUGGAAGGUCGCGCGGAGCAGCUUUCCGGUUUCCAUUUCUUGUCCGGACGGGGCUCGUGGGGGAAAAUGUCACACACCAUCCUGCUGGUGCAGCCCACAAAACGACCAGAAGGCAGGACGUAUGCCGACUAUGAAUCUGUCAAUGAGUGUAUGGAAGGUGUCUGUAAAAUGUUUGAAGAGCAUCUGAAACGGAUGAACCCCAACAGCCCCUCUAUCACAUACGACAUCAGCCAACUCUUCGACUUCAUUGACGACCUUGCUGACCUGAGCUGUCUCGUUUACCGAGCAGACACACAGACGUACCAGCCGUACAAUAAGGACUGGCUGAAGGAGAAGAUCUACAUUCUGCUUCGCCGGCAGGCACAGCAGGCAGGGAAAUAACUUUGGCCUGUCUCUUCUGAUCCAUGCUUGGCUCGGAGAGAGCGGUUCUACCAAUUUGUGUUCUUUUUUCUUUGUAGUUCACAGAUGUUCCUCUCCAGGUCUCGGCUGUACCUAAGUACACUGAUUCGAGAUCUGAGGUAUUUUUGUAGAAAUAAUUUUGAAUUUUUUCCCUGUCUCCCCCCCCCCGACCACCAUCCAUUAGCUCUUUUUUUUAGAAAAAUCAUGCAUUGCUGUUUUAAGAUAGACCCGUGUUCAAUGCAAUGAAGAGUCUUGUAUGUUCUUAAUAGCAUCCUAGAUGCAAGUAAUGUCAUAUGAACCCUUUGAUGCUUUUUUUCCUGGCAAGGACCCUGACAAACUUGCCUGUCAUCUGUUCAGACGUCCAGUUUUCUUGCAUGCAGGACAACUCGUUGUUAGUGGUUUUGCAAACACUUUUUUCUGUGAUAUCCUUAGCGCGACGCUAAGUGUGGUUGUUAGGAAAUGACAUUUUGGUUAGACGCGCUUCCUAGAACACUGAAACUUCCCUUAGGGACAUGCUGCGUAUCUGCCAGACAAAGGUCUCCUUAUCCAGUAACCUUUAUUCUUGCUUUCUCUGGUUGUAUUUGUGAUUUUUGCAGAUUAAAGAUGUUUUAAU